ACAUGAGACAUUGCCGCACUAGUAAUAGUAAGUCAUAGAUUGUAGCAGUGCUUAGGAUACGUUGUGAAUGUCAGUACGGCUGGACUCUAAAGCUGCUGAUUCACACUACUAGCUAGUGAUGUUGUAGUAGUAUAAAUAGCACCCCUUGUAUCCCUUAUCAGAGCACCAAGUAGCAGCAAUAAGAGAAGAGAAAAUUGCCCCAGCUUCUUGUGUCACUCGUGAAGAGUUCAGUCCUAUCUCUAGUGCGUGUGUAUCAACUAGCCACAGCCAUAUUGUGGUUUAGAACUGACAUUUGGUAUCAGAGCAUUGAGUUUAGCGAUCCACCAUGGUAGGGAAUGGAGACCGUGUUGCUCUCACGCCACCAGGAAAACUUGCCACGCUCGACGACUCAGCACGGGCGUCGCAGGUGGUAGUGCAGAAAGUGGUACGGGCGGCAGGCUCGACACAAUUCCCUCCGCUCACACGCUCCAACUACGGAGACUGGGCACUCUUCAUGCAGGUCAUGCUCGAGGCGCGCAGCCUGUGGUCGGCAAUCGAGACAGGCACGGACGAGCGAGAGCUCGACCGUCAAGCGAUGGAGGCGCUGCUCUGCGCCGUCCCGCCAGACAUGAUCUCGACGCUGGGCGUCAAGGCCACGGCGAAGGAAGCCUGGGACACGCUGAAGGCGAUUCACGUCGGCAGCGACCGUGUCCGGAAGGCGAAGGCGCAGUCCCUUCGCAAGCAGUACGAGGCGCUGCAGUUCAAGGACGGUGAGGGCGUCGACGCAUUCUCAAUGCGCCUCACCGGCCUAGUGAGUGCACUAGCCAACCUCGGUGAUAAUAUUCCCGAGGACAAGGUGGUGCUGAAGUUCUUGGCCGUGGUGCCCAAGAAGUACAGCCAGAUGGCAUGCGCCAUCGAGACGUUGCUCGACCUCGAGAACAUGACCAUCGAGGACCUCACGGGUCGGCUCAAGGUGGUCGAGGAGAGGAACGACGUCGACAACAACACAGGCUCCGGCGGCCAGCUGCUGCUCACGGAGCUAGAGUGGCUCGCACGCUCCAAGCGAGCGCAAAGCGGAGCGUCAAACUACGGCAAGCAAGCACGUGGUCCCGGACGCGGCCCCGACCCACGCAACGGCAAAUACAAGCCUAGCGGGAGUGGUGGCAAUAUCCGGAAUGGCUCCACGUCGAAAGCCGCAAAGGACGACAAGUGCCGCUACUGCGGCAAGAAGGGCCACUAGGCA